UUAAUUAUACCUCUUCUCUCUGCAGAAACCAUAUCAUGGCAGAAUCAUCUAGUGACUCUGAGUCCUAUCUGCGCACCCGAGCCAGCAGACGAGGUCCUCUUCGUGCCACCCACACACAUGGCAGGACUGGAGCAGCUACAGAAGUAUCUGAGAAAAUUCAUAAAUUGGCCAACACAUUGCAGGACACCAGUCGUAAUCUGACGCAAGUGGACGAGAUGCUUGGGCAGUACAGGGAGUAUACCUCUGACCAGACGGAAGCCAUCACAGCGCUGAAGGAAAAUCUGGAGCAGUCCAUCGACCAGCUUAGAAGUCAGCGACUGUCCCGUCUAUCUGAAGGAAGAAGUGCAUCUCUGUCCAGCUUGUGUGCCAGUGAUCUGGAGGCCCCAGCAGGAUCCAGAAACCGACGCUUACAGCCAACCUCUCCUCUUAAGGACUACACAGAAGUGGGAGUUCAGCCACGGCGCCGUUCUCGAUCAGCAGUGCGGUUUUUAGAUGAAGUGGGAAACAAUGGGCAGCUUCAUUCCCUGCAUCAGUCCCUUCGAGAUUUGAGCAGCGACCAACUCCGUCUGCAUGAUGACCUGGGCCGCGAGCUUGCACGGAGAAACAGGACUGAUGCUGAGACAAAGAGA